AGACGCUAAAACUGAUCCGUGCAGGCUUUUCUCCCCCCUUUGAACUGUGUAGUCGGAAGUACUUCAUAAACCGUGGUCUGGGUGACCAGAACGAUAUUGUCGAGUACGAUGGCUCACCGGCUGCUGGUCCGUAGAGUAUUGACUCUCUCUGUGAAAGACCUGCGCUGUCUCCCAGCCUCCUCUUCCUUCUCUACCUCUGUAUGUUCAACCUCAACCCCUCUCUCAUUCCUGACGCCCAAACGCACAUUGCCCCUCUCCCUGUCCCACAUCUCUCGCAGAGAGGUCUCCUUCAACAUCCAGGACCAGGAGGACUUCAAAGAGAGAGUCAUCAAAAGUGAGAUGCCUGUGCUCAUUGACUUCCACGCCCAGUGGUGUGGUCCCUGCAAGAUUUUGGGGCCAAGAUUAGAGAAAGCCAUUUCUAAACAGAAAGGCAAAGUUGCCAUGGCAAAGGUCGACAUAGAUGACCACACAGACUUGGCCAUUGAGUAUGGGGUAUCGGCAGUUCCCACGGUAAUCGCCAUGAGAGGAGGCGACGUCAUCGACCAGUUUGUGGGACUCAAGGAUGACGAUGCGCUGGACUCAUUUGUCAGCAAACUCAUUGGACAGUGAAUCUAUGAAACGUGUGAGAUUAGCGAUCCAGCCCCCCCCCCCCCCCCCCCCGCACCU